GUGGUGACGGGGGGAGGAAAUUCUGUCCGUGGCCGGGCGUGUUCGUUGACAGUGGUGAUGGACCGGUGUCUGUCGGCGCCAGCGUUUGGCGACGCCAGUGGAAUUCUUUCAGGAGCUUAGCGUGGGUUCUUUCUGACACAAGUAAUAUAACAUCUCUGCCAUGCCCACAGGUGCUGAGAACAGGAGAAAUCAAGUGAAGGAAGGAGGCAGAGUUUCCAAGACUUGGGUGUCAUCAUUGCUGGGGACAUCCUUGAUUGGCGAUUGAAGUUUCUGAACAGAAAUUUAGAGCUGAUUCAGAAGAGACAAAUACAGAACAUCCAAGUUAGCAGUCAUUUCCCAAAUUUAGGAGACAAUGAUGCAGGCCCAGGAAUCCCUAACACUGGAGGAUGUGGCUCUGGACUUCACCUGGGAGGAGUGGCAGUUCCUGAGCCCUGCUCAGAAGGACCUGUACCGGGACGUGAUGUUGGAGAACUACAGCAACCUGGUAGCAGUGGGGUAUCAAGCCAGCAAACCAGAUGCACUAUCCAAGUUGGAACAAGGAGAAGAACCUUGCACAACAGAAGAUGAAAUCUACACUCGAAUCUGUUGUGAAAUCAGGAAAAUUGAUGAUCCUCUGCAGCAUCACUUGCAAAAUCAAAGUAUCCAGAAGAGUGUGAAACAAUGCCAUGAACAGAAUAUGUUUGGAAAUAGUGUUAAUCAGAACAAAAGUCAUCUCCUGCUGAAGCAAGAUCCUGAUACCUUUGACUUACAUGAAAAACCUUUAAAAUCAAAUUUAAGUUUUGAAAACCAGAAAAGGAGCUCUGGCCUAAAGAACUCUGCUGAGUUUAAUGGAGAUGGGAAAUCCCUUUUUCAUGCUAACCAUAAACAAUUUUAUACUGAAAUGAAGUUUCCUGCAAUUGCAAAACCUAUUAAUAAGUCCCAGGUCGUUAAGCAACAGAGAACUCAUGACAUAGAGAAUGCCCAUGUAUGCAGUGAAUGUGGGAAAGCCUUCCUCAAGUUGUCUCAGUUUAUUGAUCAUCAGAGAGUUCACACUGGAGAAAAACCUCAUGUAUGCAGUAUAUGUGGGAAAGCUUUCUCCAGAAAAUCCAGGCUAAUGGACCAUCAGAGAACUCAUACAGGACUGAAACAUUAUGAAUGCACUGAAUGUGACAAAACGUUCCUCAAGAAAUCACAGCUCAAUAUACAUCAGAAAACUCAUAUGGGAGAGAAACCUUACACAUGUAGUGAAUGUGGGAAAGCCUUCAUCAAGAAGUGUCGGCUCAUUUAUCAUCAACGAACUCAUACAGGAGAGAAACCCCAUGGAUGCAGUGUAUGUGGGAAGGCCUUCUCUACAAAGUUCAGUCUCACUACACAUCAGAAAACUCAUACAGGAGAAAAACCUUAUAUAUGUAGUGAAUGUGGAAAAGGCUUCAUUGAGAAGAGGCGUCUUACUGCACAUCAUCGAACUCAUACUGGUGAGAAACCCUUUAUAUGCGAUAAAUGUGGCAAAGGCUUCACCUUGAAGAACAGUCUUAUCACACAUCAGCAAACUCAUACAGAAAAGAAAUUAUAUACAUGUGGUGAAUGUGGAAAAGGCUUUUCAAUGAAGCACUGUCUCAUGGUACAUCAACGAACUCAUACUGGAGAGAAACCUUAUAAAUGCAAUGAGUGUGGAAAGGGCUUUGCCUUAAAGAGCCCACUCAUCAGACAUCAGCGAACACAUACUGGAGAGAAACCCUAUGUAUGCACUGAAUGUCGAAAAGGUUUCACCAUGAAGAGUGACCUCAUUGUACAUCAACGAACUCAUACUGCAGAGAAGCCAUAUACAUGCAAUGAUUGUGGAAAAGGUUUCACUGUGAAGAGCCGCCUUAUUGUGCAUCAACGAACUCAUACUGGAGAAAAACCCUAUGUAUGUGGUGAGUGUGGAAAAGGCUUUCCAGCAAAGAUCCGGCUAAUGGGACAUCAACGAACUCAUACAGGAGAGAAACCUUAUAUUUGCAAUGAGUGUGGAAAAGGCUUCACUGAGAAGAGUCAUCUCAAUGUACAUCGGCGCACUCAUACAGGAGAGAAACCCUAUGUAUGCAGUGAAUGUGGCAAAGGCUUAACUGGCAAAAGCAUGCUCAUUGCACAUCAGCGAACUCAUACUGGGGAGAAACCUUAUAUAUGCAAUGAAUGUGGAAAGGGCUUCACCAUGAAGAGUACUCUUGGUAUACAUCAGCAAACUCAUACUGGAGAGAAGCCAUACAAAUGCAAUGAAUGUGAUAAAACCUUCAGGAAGAAGACAUGCCUCAUACAACAUCAGCGAUUUCACACAGGAAAGACUUCCUUUGCAUGCACUGAAUGUGGAAAAUUCUCUUUGCGCAAAAAUGAUCUUAUUACACAUCAGAGAAUUCACACGGGAGAGAAACCAUACAAAUGCAGUGACUGCGAGAAAGCCUUCACUACAAAGUCAGGGCUCAAUGUUCAUCAAAGAAAACAUACAGGAGAGAGGCCCUAUGGAUGUAGCGAUUGUGGGAAAGCUUUUGCCCACUUGUCUAUCCUUGUUAAACACAAGAGAAUUCACAGGUAGUCAUUUUGGGAAAGCCUCUUGCCAAGUGUAGGCCCUCAAGAUAUCUGCAAAGAAGAGUAAUUUCGUGAAUGCAGACUAUGUUUGUUUGUUUAGUGAUCAAUUACCUCAUAUUUUGUGUUAGAGAAAACAGUACAAAACAUUUGAGAAAAUAUUUUAGGACAUUAUGUCUAAAAAUUGUAUACUGAGAAAAACCCUAUGAAUGUGGCAGACUAUGAAAGCCUUUGGUGGGAGGAUAAACCCCCUCAGAAGUGAUCAUAGAUCAUGAAUAAACUACUAAUUGGUGGAAAUGUAAUAAUUAUAGGGAAAUCUUUGCCCAAAAAUAAAACCUCAAUAGAUUGAGAGAGUUCACACUUGAGAAAUACUUUCCUCUGGCAGUGAAUAUGGCAGGGUUUUCAAUAAAAUGUUUUGCCUCAUCAUGUGCCAGGAAAUAAUGCAGAAAAUAACUUAUGAAAACAUUCAAUGUACAAGACUUUCAGGAAAAUGUCAGAGAACUUAAUGCAAGAAAGAAGCCUUGACAAAAUGAUGGAUGAGAGCUUUCUGUCACAAUUAUAACCUUAGAAGAUAAUAGCCUCAUGUGCAUUUGGGAACAGGAUAUCUUGAGCCAUAUUCCUAGUUGCCUUGUCACUGAUUUUAUACAUUUUAAAUUGUGACUUCCUCUAAUCAUGAAUUAAAAUUUAAUAUUGUAUACAAUAUAGGAAUAUUUUUUGCCUGC